AUGCCCCAUGUCACCACAACUGAGAAUGACCCCCUGAGUGUGGACGCUUAUCCACAGAAAGACCCCCUGAGUGUGGACGCUCCUCCACAGACUGACCCCCUGAGUGUGGACGCUCCUCCGCAGAAUGACUCCCUGAGUGUGGACGCUUCUCUGCAGAAAGACCACUUGAGUGUGGACGCUCCUCCUCAAAAUGACCCCCUGAGUGUGGAUGCUCCUCCACAGACUGACCCCCUGAGUGUGGAUGCUCCUCCGCAGAAUGACUCCCUGAGUGUGGACGCCCCUCUGCAGAAUGACCCCCUGAGUGUGGACACUUCUCUGCAGAAUGACCCCCUGAGUGUGGACGCUCCUCCGCAGAAUGACCCCCUGAGUGUGGACGCUCCUCCGCAUAAUGACCCCCUGAGUGUGGACGCUCCUCCACAGAAUGACCCCCUGAGUGUGGACGCUCCUCCGCAGAAUGACCCCCUGAGUGUGGACGCUCCUCCGCAGAAUGACCCCCUGAGUGUGGACGCUCCUCCGCAGAAUGACCCCCUGAGUGUGGACGCUCCUCCGCAGAAUGACCCCCUGAGUGUGGACGCUCCUCCGCAGAAUGACCCCCUGAGUGUGGACGCUCCUCCGCAGAAUGACUCCCUGAGUGUGGACGCUCCUCCGCAGAAUGACCCCCUGAGUGUGGACGCUCCUCCGCAGAAUGACCCCCUGAGUGUGGACGCUCCUCCGCAGAAUGACCCCCUGAGUGUGGACGCUCCUCCGCAGAAUGACCCCCUGAGUGUGGACGCUCCUCCGCAGAAUGACCCCCUGAGUGUGGACGCUCCUCCGCAGAAUGACCCCCUGAGUGUGGACGCUCCUCCGCAGAAUGACCCCCUGAGUAAUGAUCCCCCGAGUGUGGCCGCUCCUCCGCAGAAUGAUCCCCCGAGUGUGGCCGCUCCUCCGCAGAAUGAUCCCCCGAGUGUGGCCACUCCUCUGCAGAAUGACCCCCUGAGUGUAGACGCUCCUCCGCAGAAUGACUCCCUGAGUGUGGACGCUCCUCCGCAGAAUGACCCCCUGAGUGUGGACGCUCCUCCGCAGAAUGACCCCCUGAGUGUGGACGCUCCUCCGCAGAAUGACCCCCUGAGUGUGGACGCUCCUCCGCAGAAUGACCCCCUGAGUGUGGACGCUCCUCCGCAGAAUGACCCCCUGAGUGUGGACGCUCCUCCGCAGAAUGAUCCCCCGAGUGUGGCCGCUCCUCUGCAGAUUGAUCCCCCGAGUGUGGCCACUCCUCCGCAGAAUGAUCCCCCGAGUGUGGCCGCUCCUCCGCAGAAUGAUCCCCCGAGUGUGGCCGCUCCUCCGCAGAAUGAUCCCCCGAUUGUGGCAGCUCCUCUGCAGAAUGAGCCAGGAAUUAAAUGCAUUCUUUCUAUCAUGCAACAGGGCAAUACAAACUUAUUCUUUAUCAUAUUUGUGUUAGGUAUUCUGUAA